CUCAUGUAUUUGAAUGCUGGUGUCCCCUCUCUUUCUUUCCUCGUCUCUUCUCUCGCUACUACCCCACACAACCGUCGCAUCCCUCUCUCUCGCUCUCUCUCGUUCUCCACAUUCUGCGCACUGAAUCCGUCCAAACUAACUCUCAGCCCUCAACCCCCCUCGUCCUUUCAAGAUACAUUCCCUAAUCAAACGCGCCUCUAUUUCGUUCCAAGAAUUCAGAGGCAUGAAUGACACCUACUCCCAGGUCCGCGAGGAAGACUCGCCAAUCCAACCUCAGCCCAUUUCCAAUCGGGGCAAUGGGCAUCCAGAUCACAUAAUCGUCGCAGACAUGACCUCCUACGGCACCGGAGACGAGACCAUCCGCAGCAAGGCCCCCAGAAGACGAUAUAGCCACAAAUCGACAACAUCCAGCUCGUCUUCAAGCUCUGGUCUGUCACGGCCGGCACCAUUGCCAUCGGGUCUUAGCCGAUUCAAGAAAGCAACCGACCAGAUCGUCGCUGCCCGACGAAUGUCGACGUACGCCAUGAAUGGCCAGGGUGUUGAUGUCUCGGAUAUGGACAGUAUCUUCAGCUGCAUCGAGAGCACUGUCGAUGUACUGGCAAUGGAUAUGGACAGCGCCCGAUAUACGAAGCGGUCAGGGAUGAACAACGAAGAAUUCUUGAUGUGGCUGGAACAGCCUAGACCAGAGUGGUCGAAGGUACGAUGGAUCAACAUCAAUGGAAUGAGCUGGGAUGUCAUCAAGGCCAUCUCUAUCAAAUAUAGUCUGCACCACUUGGCCGUCGAAGACUUGUUGCAUGUGCCACAACGAACUAAGGUCGACAUUUAUCCUAAGCAAACAUACAUCGCAUUAACUCUUCUGACUUUAAUGGAGACCCUUGAAAACGGCGAAGUCAGGGAAGUCGAUCCAACAGCAACCUCGACCGGAAUACACCCAGACAUCCUGAGCCACCGCUUACCACUGGACAAACUGGACCAUUACAAGCAACAAUAUCCUGUUAGCUAUAACCGCGAGGGAGGUUUUAAGGUCGAAUUGGAGCAAGUCACCAUGUUCCUGCUGGACGACGGUACCUUAAUCACGAUGUUCCAAGUAUCUGGAAAGUCCGUGGUGGCACCCAUUGCCGGACGAAUCAUACAAGACUUCUCGAUCGUCAGAAAGAAUAACGAUGCCAGCUUUCUGCUUCAGUCAGUCAUUGACGGCAUUGUGGACCAUGCGAUUCCCAUCACGGACGCCUUUCGCCAGGCGAUUAAUGAGCUAGAGACACAUGUGCUGGCAUUACCGAGUAUGAAGUUUACAAAGGAACUUCAUCAGAUGACAGCGCAGCUUUCGACGUUGAAGCGUACAUUGGCACCGACUCAGACUCUCGUUCAUGCGUUGCGGGGAAAGGAUGAACGAAGUCCUUUGUCAAGUCUAUCCAGGACAUAUAUGGGAGACGUGGCGGAUCACUGCAAUACCCUUGUGGAAGACAUUGACUCAAUGCUCUCUCUCUGCGCUGCGCUUAUCGACAUGAUUUUCAACCUUAUCGCAUAUGAUACGAACGAAUCCAUGCGGCGCCUGGCUCUGGUCUCGAUUAUCUUUCUUCCCAUCACAUUCAUUGCUGGAGGUUCGUCCCAUUACUAUGGCUUGCGUUUCGUACCUUCUUUGGGCUAAGUAUUAACCAUGGGAUCUUGUGUAAAAUUUAGUAUACGGCACGAACUUUGAGGAUUUCCCCGAGCUGAAGCACAACAUCUCUUACUUCUGGAUUAUUUGCGCGGUUGUCACUGCGUUGGUACUCAUUGGCUUUAUCAUGGAAUG